AGUACGGUUGUGCUUUGGAUAAUUAUUUUUAUUAUAUUUAUAUAUAUUUGAAGGAAAAAAAUAAAUCUUUAAAAAUUUCAUUAAAAUAAUAAUUGGAAGAAAAAUAUCGUCGAAUUUUUAUUUAUUAGCCGAAAAAAGUACCAACUACCAAACAGAUAACAGUCGACGACGCAAAUAAUUCCUCGUACAGCACAAAAAAAAAUAUCAAAUAUCAACAAAUAGCAAAAACGCGUUUGAUUGUGAAUCACAAGUGAAUAUUUUAUACAGUUUCUAUAAAAAAAACAACGACAAAAAAAACAAUUUUAUAGAAUUUUAUAAAAUACGAAAAAUUUACAAAAAUAAUAAUUAAAAAAGGCAAAAAGUGAAAAUUUAUUUUUUUCACUACACGAUCGAUACGAAUAAAAAAUAAAAUAAUAAUUGUGCAUUGUGUAAAAAAUUGCAACAAAUUAUUAAAUAAAAAAAUUAAUACAAAAAAAUAACAACAAAAUAUUGAAAAAUGUCGACCGCAAUCAUGCAUUCUGGACCAUUUUACGAUUUUGGUGAUUUGAUUUUGAAGAAUCAACCAUCAACCAGAACAACACAAAAUGGUCUCAACUUAAAUUCUGGCUCAACACAAUCGAUUCCAGCUUUAAUUGCCAACACAAAUAGUCAAAUUAACCACCAACAUUUACAGCAGCAAAAGCAACAGCAACAGCAAUACCAACAACAACAAACGCAACAACCUCAAGCACAACCGAACGCUGGAAGCACUGUGACUGCUCAGCAACAGUUGUCGGCAGCGCAACAGCAAAAAAUGUUGCUGCAUAAUGCACUUACGCGCGCCGUUUCACAUCCGGUUGGCGGACAACAAGCCGUACAAUUGCUCACAUCCAUCAGCGAAAUCCUCGGAUCACACAAGAAAUUGGAACGGACACAAUCGGAGCCGUUGCCGCAGUUGAAUACUUCAAGAUACAAGACCGAAUUGUGCCGACCAUACGAAGAAGCUGGCGAAUGCAAAUACGGCGACAAAUGUCAAUUCGCUCACGGCAUCCAAGAACUCCGCAACUUGCAACGUCAUCCCAAAUACAAAACGGAGCUUUGUCGCACGUUCCACAGCGUCGGUUUCUGCCCCUACGGACCCCGCUGUCAUUUCGUGCACAAUGCCGAAGAAGCACGUAACCACAAUCGCAACGUUGCCGCAUACCACGCUCGUCUCGCUGCCCAAAAUGCCGCCGCUGCAACUGCCGCAAUGCACGGAAUGCAAUUACCGUUGUCGCCUCCGCUCAGCAUGAGCACGGGAUCCGAUCGCGCAUCUCCCACAGGCUCCCUCAGCUUGUCGCCCACAAAUUCCAUGGUGAAUUUCUUCCCCGAACAAUCGAGUCCCACGCAACAAACAUUCCAUGCACCGUCGUCAGCUGCCGUUCAGGCAUUCAGUUUCACAGCAAUCAGUCCACCGGCUAGUCCCAUUGCAACGACGCCACCACCGACAAUCGUCGCCGCGAACAAUUCCGCUGCAAACACUGUGAUUGACGAGGCACGUCUUCCAGUCUUUAAUCGAUUAAGUUCCACAAUUGAUGCGUUCACAAAUCUCCAACUGUAAGCCAAUUUGUACAUACGCGAGCAUUAGAUAUUGGCGCGAACACAAAAAACGUCAUCAAGGUGGGCAACUUUAAUAUUAUAUUAUUGACUUUUUAUUUAUGAUUCUAUUUAUAUACAAAAACAAAACAUAACAACAUAUGAGAAAAAUAAUUGAACUCUAUUUUAGAAAAAAUUCGCGCACAGAAAUUCGAUUCAUUAGUUAUAUUAAUGAUGAUUUUUCGAUUUAUACAUUAUAAAUUGCUAAAAUAUAUAUAUAUUUAAACAUAAAAACAGUAACACAUGUCAUAUUAUUUAUUAUUUCUUUUUAUAUUUUUCAUCAUAUAUAAAUAUAUUAUUAUUUCUAAACAUUAAAACUACAAGAAAAAAAUUAGAAACAAAUUAAACUGAUGCUAAAAAAUAAUUUAUUAUUUAUUUUCUUCCGAUACUAAUUCAAA